ACACAGAAUAAAUUUUAAAUUUUUCGUUUACUCUUAACGCGUCUCCGUCUGUAUAUUAUUCAUUGAGCUCGUCGCUUCUUGCUAUUUAUAUUUUAUAAUUAUUCUUGGUGUUGUGUUGAAAUGAAUAUCGUAAAAAAUGCCUCGGGCAGUAGGUGCUCUUUAGCAUACUGCACCAGCCUAUGGUCACAAAAUAAUGACACAAUGCGGAUAUCAUUUUUCAAAUUUCCGAAAGAUCAUACAAGAUGUGCUUCUUGGGUACAAAACUGCGAGGCCAAAUAUUUACCUACCACAGAUUAUGCUACUCUUCAUCAAAAAUAUAAGCUGUGUUCUUUGCAUUUCGAAGAUAAAAUGUUUGUCAACAGGUUGUUAAAGAAUAGGCUCUCGCUGACUGCAACGCCAACAGUUUUUGUUAAAAAACCUAUUGAUGUAUUAGUGUGCUCUUUAGUUGACAGCACAAGUGUGGUAUUAUCCUGUUCAACACCUGUGAUAAAGUACAUAAGUAUAUUAAGUAAAGAAAACUAUUCACUCCAUACCCAUCAACGAGAAGAAACUAUUGUUAUCAAAUAUAUUCUCGUCGUUGAUGGAUUAUUAAUUCAUCUUCUUUACUAAGUCAUUCUGCAAAGUCUACUUCUACUGAAAUUAAUGAAGCAAAGAUUCUUAAAAAGAAUCUUGUUGAAGCUCGUCAAACUAUUAAAAAGUUGGAAGCCUCAAUUGAUCAU